CCGCUCCUUGCACUACCAAGUGUCGCCGAGUACGAGCGGCGGCCAGCGAGUGAUUCAAAGCGAAAGAAAAACAGACACGCACGUUAGGGAUUCAGUGCCAUGGCCGACCAUGCUAGCGGCCCCGAGCAGGGACGAACACGAGCGGGAUCGAAUGCUUCGUCAACAACGCCGAGGCUGUCGCAGGAGCUUGUUGACUCGAACGCGCCAGAAGGGCUCACGGCAGCGACCAGCCACGUCCCCUCUUCCGUCUUUUCUUCAUAUACACCACUUGACGGGAAGGCGUCACCGCCUCCCGGGACAACGCCGGGCGGAGGAGUAUCGUCUGCAGGACAUGGCGAGAAACACUUGGAGAGUCUCGGAAUCCAGGAGCCGCGGGGGGCAUCGGAUCCGGAGGCCAGCCCCGUCAGGUCUUCCGAGGAGGCCACCCUUACCAGGCCAGCGCGCCGGGAGAACGAAUCGACCGAACCGUUCGAGAACGGCUACCACUUCCCGCCGAGGUACUCCUGGCGAGAGACGCUGCAGCAGGGACUCGGAGAUUUCUGGGCCUUCUUCACCACGCCGAUGGGCUGCUUCUGGACCGUCUACGGCCUCAACGUCGUCGCGUGGGGCGGCAUGAUCUUCCUGCUGCUCUGCAACGCCGCGCCGGCCAUGUGCCGCCCGACCUGCGACGACAUCGACUCGCCGCGGCGCAAGUGGAUCGAGUGGGACGCCCAGAUCCUGACGGCGCUCUUCUGCGUCACCGCCUUCGGCCUCGCGCCCUGGCGCUUCCGGGAUCUCUACUUUCUCCUCCGGUACCGGGUCCUGCGGAAGCACGAGGGCCUCCGCCGCCUCGCGGGCAUCCACAACGGCUGGUUCCGGCUGCCGGGUACGCAGGCGCUGCCGGCAGACGUCGGCCCGGACAACGUCCCCGCCGACGUGCCCCGGAGCUGCGUGCCCAUCCCGCAGAGGAGCAUGCCGAGGGCGCCGCUGACCGGCACCCGGGCGGCGGCGACCGCGCUGUGGAAGCUGGACUUUGUCAUCUGGGCCAUGGUCGGGAACACGUUCGCGCAGUGCGGCCUCUGCGGCAUCAUGUGGGGCAUGAACAGAUACGACCGCCCGAGCUGGGCGACCGGGUUCCUGGUAGCCAUUGCCUGUCUCGUUGGGAUGGCUGGCGGGCUCGUCAUGUUCCUGGAGGGCCGGCGAGUCAAGAGCAUCGAGGGCGUGCCGCUCACCGAGCGGGACCGCGAGAGGCUGGCUCGCGACGAGGAGCUGGGCAUCCCGCACUACAACAACCUGAAGGACAAAAAGCCGAAGGAGAAACGCAAGGGUGGUAAUGGGAAGAAGUACUGAUGUUAAUUAAGGCUAAGGCAUAUACUACCCAAGGCAUCAGCAGUAAUGGGCACACUUUUGGGGGGGGGGGGGGGUUUCUGGUCUAUUGGAUCCUUUCUUUCAACCACCGAAUA